AUGGCAAACUCCGAGACAGCGCCCGACGGCGCAUCCCUCUCCGCAAUGGCCCAACCGCCGCCCCAAAAGAUCGACCCCGUAUACUACACAUGGAGCAGCACCUUCAACAUAAUGCUCGGCCGCAUGACCGGCUCCCGCGACGUCGAACUAGAGAAAGGCUACUUCAACGAAAUGGACAAGAUAAAAGCCGACUCGAUAUGCAAGCGCUGCGAGUCCAACAAGGAAUACCUCUUGAAAUACAGUCCCAUCAUACGCUUCAUGUCGGACGAAGUGUACAAACUAGGCGGCGACCUGAACAAAGACAAUAUACUCUGUCGCAUGUGCACGAACGAGCAAUCCGGUGGUUUCUCCCUCGACCACGGCAUCCUGCUCUGCGCAAACAAGUUCCGUAAUCGCGGGCACCAGGAAGACACCAUGGCGCAUGAGAUGGUUCACGCGUGGGACCAUCUGAAGUUUAAAGUCGAACCUGAGAACCUGCGCCACCAGGCCUGUCUAGAGAUUCGCGCAUCCACACUCAGCGGCGAAUGCCGUUUCUCGAGAGAGUUCUUCACGAGGAAUCAAUGGAAUAUCAUGGAACAAUUACAGUCUUGUGUUAGGAGGAGGGCGACGCUGAGUAUGAUGGCGAGGCCGGGCAUAAAGGAUCAAGAGCAUGCUGGGAAAGUAGUGAAUGAGGUGUGGGAGAGUUGCUUCCGGGAUACCAGGCCGUUUGAUGAGGUUUAUCGUUGA